GGAAGAUGGCGGCGGCGCGGGCGAACGGGAGCGCGGCGUUGCUGCGGCUGCUGCGGGGCGGCGGCGGCGGGGCCCCCGGCGGAGCGCGGGGGUACUCGAGGGACGCCGAGGGCAGCUGGUUCCGCUCCCUCUUUGUGCACAAGGUGGAUCCCCGCAAGGAUGCCCAUUCCAACCUCCUCUCCAAGAAGGAGACCAGCAACCUCUACAAGAUCCAGUUUCACAACGUGAAGCCGGAGUGCCUGGACGCGUACAACAGCCUGACAGAGGAGGUGCUCCCCAAGCUCCACUCGGAUGCUGACUACCCCUGCGACCUGGUGGGGAACUGGAACACGUGGUACGGCGAGCAGGACCAGGCAGUGCACCUCUGGCGCUUCUCGGGCGGGUACCCGGCCCUCAUGGACUGCAUGAACAAGCUCAAGCAGAAUAAGGAAUACCUGGACUUCCGUAAGGAGAGGAGCCGGAUGCUGCUAUCCCGCCGGAACCAGCUGCUCCUGGAGUUCAGCUUCUGGAACGAGCCCCUGCCCCGCCAAGGACCCAACAUCUACGAGCUGAGGACCUACAAGCUGAAGCCAGGGACCAUGAUCGAAUGGGGCAACAACUGGGCUCGGGCCAUUAAGUACCGGCAGGAGAACCAGGAGGCGGUCGGCGGGUUCUUCUCCCAGAUCGGGGAGCUGUACGUCGUGCACCACCUCUGGGCCUACAAGGACCUGCAGUCCCGGGAGGAGACGAGGAACGCGGCCUGGAGGAAGAGGGGCUGGGAUGAGAACGUGUACUACACGGUCCCGCUGAUCCGGACCAUGGAGUCACGGAUAAUGAUUCCCCUGAAGAUCUCACCCCUGCAGUGA